AUGGCCAGCAAAGUCACCGACUGGGUUAAGCCCGGCGACACGUCAGGCGAGUUCAAGCGCCAGCAGAGCUCGUUCCGUAACUGGAUCUCCCGCGAGCAGGGCGCAAAAUUUCCAUCAGAGAAGGGCCGCUACCACCUCUACGUCAGCUACGCCUGUCCGUGGGCCUGCCGGACGUUGAUCACCCGCAAGCUCAAGGGCCUCGAGGACAUCAUCAGUUACUCGGUCGUCCACUGGCACCUCGGCGAGAAGGGAUGGCGCUUCGUCACCGAGGAUGACAAGAACAUCCCUGGCGACAACGUGGUUCCUGACCCGGUGUCGGGCCACGAGGGCUACACGCACCUACGUGACUUGUACUUUGAGUCAGAGCCCAAAUACGAGGGCCGCUUCACCGUGCCGGUGCUCUACGAUACCAAACUCAAGACGAUUGUCAGCAACGAGAGCAGUGAGAUCAUCCGCAUGCUUUACACUGAGUUUGACGAUCUUGUCGAUGAGAAGUACCGCCAGGUCAAUCUCUACCCCGAGGCUCUGCGAAGCCAGAUCGACGAGGCAAACGAGUGGACGUAUGACAGGAUCAACAACGGUGUCUACAAGUCAGGCUUCGCCACGACACAGGAGGCUUACGAGCGCAACGUCGUCGCUCUCUUCGAAGCCUUGGACAAGACAGAGGCGCACCUCAAGUCCGUCCACGACAAGGGACCAUACUACUUUGGCAGAGACAUCACCGAGGCUGACAUCAGGCUCUUUGCUACAAUCAUCCGUUUCGAUCCCGUCUACGUGCAACACUUUAAAUGCAACAUCCGCGACAUCCGCUCCGGGUACCCCUACAUCCACAAGUGGAUGCGCAACCUGUACUGGAACGUGCCAGCUUUCAAGGACACGACGCAGUUUGAGCAUAUCAAGUGGCACUACACCAAGAGCCACACGCAGAUCAACCCCUUUUCUGUCACUCCCGUCGGGCCGCUGCCGGACAUCUUACCGCUCGACCAGGAGGUCGCAGCCGUCAGCACCAAGCUGUGA